AUGGCUGAGUUAAAAGCCUGUAUCCUGACUGCUCAUAUGAGAAUACGCUUAUCUUCGUUGAUCUACAUGCUGAACCUGGCCUGUGCUGACCUGCUCUUUGCCAUGGUGCUGCCCUUCAAGAUUUCCUACCACUUUAACGGCAACAACUGGAUCUUUGGCCCCGCCAUGUGCCGUCUGGUCACCGCAGCCUUUUACUGGAACAUGUACUGCUCUGUUCUGCUCAUAGCUUGCAUCAGUGUGGACCGACUCAUCGCUGUAGUCUACCCUAUGGACUCCAUGACUUGGAGAAGUCCAGGAAAGGCAAUCGUAGCCUGUGCAGCCAUGUGGGUACUGUCCUUUGUUGGGUCAAUGCAUCUUCUCUUCACUGAACAGACUGUUCACCUAAAACAGCUGAACAUCACCACAUGUCAUGACGUCCAGCCCUCACAGCUUUUCUCCUGCUACAAGAUGUACUUCGUCACCCUCUGCUUCCUGCUCUUCUUCCUGCCUCUGAUCAUCACGGAAGUUUCCUACACUCGGGUGAUCUUGACCCUGAGCAAGGCCCAACCAGGGGUUCCAGACCAGGCAUUAAAAAAAAGAAGAGCAGUGGUGUUGGUCUCAAUAGUGCUGGUGAUGUUUGUGCUUUGUUUUACACCCACAAACCUCGUCUUCAUCGUGCACCAGCUGAAGUUCAAUAAGGAAGACGUGGCGAACCAUGUGGAUAGACUCUACAUAGUUUAUCAGGUGUUUCUGUGUUUGGGAAGUCUGAACUGCCUCCUGGAUCCUCUGGUCUACUACUUUGGAUCAUCCCAGUUUCAGAAAGAGCUGUCCAGUGUGCUGGGGCAUCAGAAGACCGCACAGGGCAGCAGCAGCGGUCAGCCAACGACUGAUCCAAGCACUUCUACCAGCCAAACACUUCUGAAAACAAACCGCAAAGAAGGCUCCAAAACUAACUCUUCACUCACCAACAGCGACUCUCAAGGAAACCUCUGCAGCCAAUGCAAGAAAGUCCUGGUUUGAGACACA